GUCUCUAAGGUGCCACAAGUCCUCCUUUUCUUUUUGCGAAUACAGACUAAGCCGGCUGCUACUCUGAAACCUUUAUUGUUAAUGGCAUCCCUAGACGCUGGUGGGUGACAGCAUCACCAUUUGACAGAGGGGCAAGCAUGGGCCACCUUUCCCUACGCAGUGGGGGGAAGGCUGGGCUCUGAAAACCAGAGCCCUGCGAAAGAUUGAGGAGAAGGGAAGUCCCGGACUAGGGAACACUAGACCCCACUUCCCUUUGGUGCUGGGAAGAGAACCCUGGCAUCCUGACUCCCACUCCUCCAAUUAGCCCUCGCUCCCUCCUAGACUGAGGAAGAGAACCCAGGUGUCUGGACCACCCUCUUGGACGUCUAGCCCAUUCCCUUCCCUCUGGGGUGUUUCCACUCCUGCCAUCUCCCCUCCGGCCUGGCUUCACCGCCCCGCUUGCCACUGGCACGGCCGGCGGAGGAAGGAGUGGAAGGAAUGCGCUCGCCCGGCCCCAGUCCCAGACGGCGCCGAGCCCUCUCCUGUCAGCGCCGGCCCUGAUUUAUCCCCGGGGCCUGUGACGUUGCGUGCAAUGCCCCUGCCUCGGCCUGGCGCAGGGAGACGUUCCAUACACGGCAGGACUAAGCCGGGAACCAGACGGCUGCUCUUCCCCUCCGCCCCCAAAUUCUUCUUCCUCCUUUGCUGACCUUUCCCUCGGCAUUCCCGGAACGCCAGCACAAGUGGAAGCAGCUGAGCGCCAUCCCCGCGGGGUCCUACCUGCCCCACAGCAGUGGCAUGAUGGGAGAUUCCCCAUGGCACCGACCUACCCCUGAGCCACCAGCUCACACUGGGCUCUGUGGCAGAUCUCACGCUAAGCAGCAUCCAGCCAGAGCCGUACCUGGAGGGGAGACCAUCAAGCUGCCACCCAAGGAGAUGACAGAGGCCUGUGGCUGCUAGUUAAGGGGAGACUUGUGGUAGAAACCUCUAGGAUUUACCUAGGGCCCAGCCCACAGCCCAGGGGUGUGGGGAAGCAGAGACCUGCUGAGCACAUGUGCUCAUUAAAGGCUCCAGAACCUUCCUGCACAGUUGGUAUCUGGCCAAAAUCCUAGCUCCUCAUUCCACUACAAGCCCCACAAUCGCCUUCUGCAGUUGCCCGCUGCCCUGCAGCGUCGCUCCAUCCCAGAGCUGGGCGAGUGAGCCAGACAGACCUUUGGGUUUAAUGACACCUCCCUUGUUUGACUACUUGGGUCAAACAAGAAUCCUAGAAACAAGGAGCUGGACGGGACUUUGAGAAGUCCAGCCCCCAGCACUGAGGCAGGACCGUGUAAACCUAGACCAUCCCUGACAGGUGUCUGUCCAACCUGUUCUUGAAAUCCUCCAAUGCCGGGGAUCCUGCAGCCUCCGGAGCUUCGCUGAGCGUUAGAAAGGUUUCCCGAAUAGCUGAAAUCUCCCUUGAUAGGAGCAGGAACUUUAGCUCCAGAGUAGGUGUCCAAGCUGCUGUCUAAUGGCUGUGGGAACCCCAAGCAGGACAAGGGGUAAUGGGGUGCAAGGGCCAACCCUGGGGCAGAGGAUGGCAAAGGAAAUCAGGGGCUGAGGCAGGAAGGGUUAGAGGCUGUGGCGUCGGGGAGCCCACUUGCUGAGCCCCAUGCAGGCCGCAGCGUAGGCAGUGGGGAUGGGGCAGGUGACAUAAGGGGGAUUUUCUCUCUGGUUCAUCCCCAGGCUGUGCUGGAGGGAGGCGGGAAGCUGGGGAGACAGAAGCAUGGAUAAUGCAGAUAGGAAAGCCCUCUAGCCCUGCUCCCCAAGGCUGGGCUGGCUCCCGAGUUUAUGGAAGAAGCAUCCAAGUAGAACAGGGCACGGGCUCCUCCCAAAGUGCACAGCUCUGGGGAGGUGACCUGCCUUCCACCUGGUCCAGCAGGGGCCGAGUCUGCCACACGCAGCGAGCCGUUGGUUCCGGGGAGCAGCUGGCACUAGUGCCAGGCAGGCUCCAGCCUUGAGCUAUCUGGCCCCAAGCCGCUCAGGGCAGCCUUCUUCUAGCUUGGAUCAGAGGCCACAUAGUGGCCUGUCCUGAAAAAUAGGCCCCUUCCGAGCUCUGGCUACCGGUUACCCAACGCCCCAUGGGCUGCCGAGAGCUAAAUCGGGUGCCCCUACCUCCUAGGGGUUUGGGUGCAUAGCAGGGGCUGCUGCCCAUCUCUUCCUCUCCUCUUUAUCUAGCCCAGGGAGCUGAGGGCCUGAUCCUGGCAGCAUGCUCCUGGGGGAACCACAGUGACUUCUACGGGAGUGGGGCAGAGGCCUUCCAGGGUCUGCCCCGAAUCAGGGAGAGACAGGGGAGAAGGCAAAGUGCUCAUGGGAGGAAUUCUGGCAGGGGGGAGGGUGAAGUGAACCUGAUGCCCUGCACUGACUCCUCUGGGCCCGCAACUGGAGGGUUGUCCGUGGCAACUGCCCCCUGAGCUGCAUUGUGGGAAAGGGGGAAGUUUGAGCCAGCUGAGCAUUGCUGCCUCGCAGAGCUGGGAGAGGGAAACCUGCCUGACCUGCAGCGUGGAACCAAGUCAAGCCCAGUAAAUCCCAGUUCCAUCCCAUCCACCAGGGCCAGGAGUCCCCCCUUUCCGGCCGUCUCGCCAGACAGACACAGGCCUGGGCAGCCCGUCCGGCCAGGCGCACUCAUGCUCUACUAAGUCUGUUACCAGCCGGCUCAACAUGUUACCCUAGCCCACCCCUGCCGCGACCCUAUAAUUUAUGUACAAUCCCCCUUCCAUCUCCCCCCGCUCUCCCCCAAAGGUAUUUGCACAGCAGAUCUGGGUGUAAUCAAGUCCAGGAAUUUCCAUUCAAGUAUCCUGGGCUUUUUUUUUUUUUUUCCCCAAGAUUUUCGGUUAACUCUUUCAGACGGGGAGAGGAGGACGAGGAUUUAACCCCAUCCCAGCUCCCCAAACCCCACUGAUCUAACGUUGCUUUCAGUCAAACAACCUGGGGCCGGGGUGAUGUGAGCGGGCACAAUCUACCACCUUGGAGUGCAGUUCGCGGCUUGCUCGCCGCCGAGCUGGCUUUCUACCGUCCAGAGUCAAAGACUCUACCCCGACUGCAAAAGACAGCCUGGAUUGAACGCAGGGUCAAGACACCAAUGCCAGAGACACCACUGGGAAGGAGUCUCCUUCCUGCCCCCCUGAACCCGCCCUGCAUUUGGCCCAGCAUGGAAUGUUUCAUGGGUUACGAAGAGUUAACGCCUGCCCUGCCAACCCCCCGGGCCAUCCCAAGGAGGAUAUAAAUUAGAGAUGAGCCACCUUCCUUUCAGAAGCCAACCCGGCUUAAUUGGGGAAGGAUGGAUUCAUCCCAGCUCCUCUGCAGCAUCUCGUUCAUCCUCCUGGUCAGACCCACUGUCUCCCAGCCACUGGAAGACAAGAGGCCCAUGCUGAUGGAAGAGCAAGAGCCAGGUACCAGCAUCACGGACCUGCUCUGGGCACUCCUAGAGACGCAUAUGCCAAAGGGACCUUCCCUGCAUGUCCCGGACAACCCUAGAAUCCUGCUGCCCUACGCCUCCCCCAGGCCGGCCAAGCGCCGUCAGAAACGGAGGCUGCUGGCCGGCAGCCACUUGUGGGAGCAGCCAGAGGAGCAGUGCCGGCUGCGGAGCCUGCUGCUGCGCGUCAAGGAUCUGGGCCUAGGCUACGACUCCGAGGAGACCAUCCUGUUCAAGUAUUGCAGCGGAAGCUGCCCCAAGGCCCGCACCAACCAUGACCUGACGCUCUCCGUGCUGCUCCAGAAGAGUGAGAUCCCGGCCCUGGGCGAGGAGAAGAUCGUUGGCGACCCCUGCUGCCGGCCAACACACUACGAGGAUGUGGCCUUCCUGGACAACAGCCACCAGUGGCACGAGGUGGAGAAGCUCUCUGCUUCUGCCUGCUCCUGCGUGGGCUGAUGUCGCUGGCGGGAGGGUGCGUCAGCAGGGUGGGCGUAGCGCCGAUGUUAAAGCAGUCAGUGUUUCUUCCUCCCACACCCUUGAACCCGUAGCCUGAGAGAAGACCAAAAUCCAUGCCACAGAUCCCACAGGAUGGGGGCUGGGACUUUUGCCCCUUGAAGGGCUCCCUCUAGGGGUGGGAGAAGGGAACUGCUAUCAAAACAACAAUGGCGUUCACUUCACACCACCAGGCCACCCCCUCCUUCCAAUCAGCCGCCAACCCCAUCCUGUUUCUUUGCAUUACUGAGAUGCUAGCUUGUUUGCUAAGGCCUGGAACUUCAAAGGCAUUUAGGCUCCUAACUUCCACUGAAAACAAUGGGAGUUAGGAGCCUAAAUACCUUGGAGGCUCUGAGCCCGAGAUUCUGCCUGGAGGAGGUGUGCAUGGCUCAUCUACACACAGGUGCAGGGGGAGAGCUGGACGAUAAAAGAGAUAUUUAUGGAUUCCUAAGUUAUUUAUUUAUUUGGUUUCUUCCACUAAGGGCAGGGCGGGCUAGGGAUCUCAUUCCUGCUGCCUUCCUACCUGAGCUUCUUAGAGUCCCUUUUUAAUUUAUUUGCUUCUUUCCGCUAGUAGAGAGUUGGGGAUUGUGUUUGUUUGCUCGUUUUCAGGCAUGUCUUGGGAACGGCUGAAAUGUACACAGUGGUUUCAAACUAAUAAAAGCCGUGAAACUGAUCAAAAGACGUGUUGCUAUUUUGUGGGAC